CUGUCCUGCAGCAGAGUCCAGUCUGCAGGCUGCCCUCCACCAGUCUGUCUUCCUGUCAGCCAUGUCGGCGCAGCCCGGCCGUGACCUGUCUCUCUGCUGGGAGCAGCACCGCAAACUGCUGCCGGGUGUCGCCGGAGUCCACGCCGAGACCGUCCAACACUGGAGCGUCCAGCAGGUGUCGGAUUUCGUGGAGUCGCUCCCUGGCUGUGAGGAACAGGCCAAACAGUUCAGAGACGAGCAAAUAGAUGGGCGGGCCUUCCUGCUGCUCACCCAACGGGACAUCGUCAGGAUCAUGUCAAUCAAACUUGGCCCCGCCCUCAAAAUCUACAACUCCAUCCUCAUGUUCAAACAUGCCGAGGACAGGAGCCAAUCACACGCUGCCGCUGAGGACAGGAGC